AUGGCAGACUUUGCUACACGCCCUAUGGGCAAGAGCGUCUUUCUAUUUGACGUAGAUGGCACGUUGUCUAAGCCUCGGCUGACCGCCACGCCAGAGAUGCUACAGCUGCUCCGAGAUGUACGCAAGAAGACAGUCAUCGGCUUCGUCGGUGGAUCGGAUCUCGGCAAAAUCACUGAACAGCUCACUGUGGGCAACACGAACAUCCUGGAAGAGUUCGACUUUUGCUUUGCAGAGAAUGGGUUGACGGCGUUCAAGAUGGGCCAGGUGCUCGCUUCGCAGUCGUUCAUCAAGCACGUGGGCGAGGAAAAGUACAAGCAACUCGUCAAUUUCAUCCUGCACUAUAUUGCAGACUUGGACAUUCCCAUCAAGAGGCAAGCGACGAUCUACCAAGCAGGAACCUUUGUCGAGUUCAGGAACGGCAUGAUCAACGUCUCGCCGAUUGGCCGUAACGCAAAUCUAGAAGAGCGACUGGCGUUCAAUGCGUAUGACAAUCAGCAUCAAGUUCGCGCGGCGUUUAUCAAAGUCUUGCAAGAGAAGUUCUCUGACCUCUCGCUCACUUUUGCAAUCGGCGGUCAGCUUAGCUUCGACAUCUUCCCUACCGGAUGGGACAAGACGUACGCACUCCGUCACAUCGAGCAAGAAGGCUUCACGGAGAUUCACUUCUUCGGUGACAAGACACACAAGGGAGGAAACGAUUAUGAGAUUUAUGAGGAUCCGCGCACGAUCGGUCACAGGGUCACCUGCCCUGAGGACACAAUGAAGCUCUUGCAAGAGCUCGUCAUCAGCAAAGCAUAG